AUGGACGACCCUCUGAUAUCCUAUUUGUUCCUCCAUUCAUUUGCUCAAACUCACCAAGUAGACGACCCUCUGAUAUCCUUGUUCCUCCAUUCAUUUGCUCAAACUCACCAAAUAGACGACCCUCUGAUAUCCCUUGUUCCUCCAUUCAUUUGCUCAAACUCACCAAGUAGACGACCCUCUGAUAUCCCUUGUUCCUCCAUUCAUUUGCUCAAACUCACCAAAUGGAGACGAUAUCCUUACAACCCUCAUUCAUUUGCUCAAACUCAACGACCCUCUGAUAUCCUUGUUCCUCCAUUCAUUUGCUCAGAUAGACGACCCUCUGAUAUCCCUUGUUCCUCCAUUCAUUUGCUCAAACUCACCAAACGACCUCUGAUAUCCCUUGUUCCUCCAUUCAUUUGCUCAAACUCACCAAUCCCCUUGUUUCCUCCAUUCAGACAACCCUCUGAUAUCCUUUUGUUUCCUCCAUUCAUUUGCUCAAACUCACCAAAUGGACGACCCUCUGAUAUCCCUUGUUCCUCCAUUCAUUUGCUCAAACUCACCAAACAACCCUCUGAUAUCCUUGUUCCUCCAUUCAUUUGCUCAAACUCACCAAGUAGACGACCCUCUGAUAUCCCUUGUUCCUCCAUUCAUUUGCUCCAAACUCACCAAAUAGACAACCCUCUGAUAUCCUUGUUCCUCCAUUCAUUUGCUCAAACUCACCAAGUGGACGACCCUCUGAUAUCCCUUGUUCCUCCAUUCAUUUGCUGA